ACAAGGGCCUACGCGUCUUGUCGGGGCAGGAGUUGACAGACGGUCUCUGGCUGGAUUUCGACGGCCCCGGGACCGCGGAAGAGGCUUCUGAGGGCGGCCGCGAUGCCGAGCCAGCAGCGGGUCAGUCAGCUCCUGGAUCUUUUGAAUGUCUUUGAUGAUGUCAUCAGGUGUUCUGCUGAGCUCUGAGUGGCCUACAUAGAAGUAGAUGCCUUUGGUGCUUCAUGAAGAAUAUUUCUAGAUAUAUCACAGACAUUAAGCCUUUGCCACCCAACAUAAAAGAUAGACUGAUCAAAAUAAUGAGCGUGCAGGGGCAGAUAACAGAUUCGAAUAUAAGUGAGAUUUUACAUCCUGAAGUCCAAACUCUAGAUCUACGAAGCUGUGAUAUUUCAGAUACUGCUCUCCUGCACCUAUGUAACUGCAGAAAAUUGAAGAAAUUAAUUUUAAAUUCCUCAAAAGAAAACAGAAUUUCCAUAACUUCAAAAGGAAUAAAAGCUGUGGCUUCAUCUUGUUCUUACCUGCACGAAGCUUGUUUGAAAAGAUGCUGCAAUCUCACUGAUGAAGGAGUCCUUGCUCUUGCACUCAAUUGCCGGCUGCUAAAGAUCAUUGAUUUAGGUGGCUGCUUAGGUAUUACUGAUGUGUCCUUGCAGGCAUUAGGAGAAAACUGCCCAUUUUUGCAGUGUGUUGAUUUUUCAGCUACUCAGGUAUCUGACAGUGGUGUGGUUGCGCUUGUUAGUGGACCUUGUGCCAAGAAAUUAGAGGAGAUUCAUAUGGGAUAUUGUGUGAAUCUGACUGAUGAGGCUGUAGAAGCUGUCCUUACUUGCUGUCCUCAGAUAUGUAUAUUACUCUUCCAUGGAUGCCCCCUGGUAACAGAUCAUUCACGAGAAGUCUUGGAGCAAUUAGUAGGCCCAAACAAACUAAAGCAAGUGACGUGGACUGUCUAUUGAUGCUUAUUGAAGCUUAUCAAAGCUAUGAUCUUCAUACAACUUUCCCAGGAAACAACGAUCUAGAGAUUGGCUUUCCAAUAAUAUGAUUUAUGCUUUGAAGUUAACCAGGCUCUUAAACAUUUUAAUAGUGCUGUUAUUUCUAAGUUUGUUUGAGGAGUGAUUGUUCUUGAAAUGACAAUCCUAGCAUGCCCUCUGAUGUAUUUGGGGAGGGUAUUGUGUUUGUUUCUUUAAUAGCAAAGUUUUAAAUUACCUGUUUUCCCUGGAAAUUUCCUUCUCCCACCUAGAUAUUUGAGCUGCUGUAAGAGAAAUUUACCAAUAUGGAUAAACAUUAGGAGAAUUCUAAGUAAAGGUAUUUCUAAAAGCAUUAAUUACCUACCUAGCUAUUUUUUGGCUGCUACCUUCCAAAUUAUUUAAAUGUCCACUGGCCAGAAAGCAAAGCUGAACAUCAGGCCUGUAACUUCUUCACAGAAUUUAUUAUUUCAAUGAAACAAAAAAAUAUAAUAGUUUAAUGUCAUAAUCCAGGACAUCAUAUACCUUAGCCAUUCAGCAUAUGAAUGUUACUGAGUAUGGCUACUUUUCCCAAAUACAUGCUAUUCAUCUACAAACCUUCAUCCUUAAAGACUGCAGUCAAGAAUGUGUAAGAAUGAGUAAACACGAAAUGUCAUCACAGAGGUUGUAUCCUGAAGCUCUACUGGUUUCACAUUGUGAAAUAAACACACAGGUCUUAGUUUUCAAAUGAAAUGUAUUACUCUCUAUAAUCACAAAAUUCUCUGACGUAUACUGUGCUUAAACUACCCCCAAAUUCAGCAUAUUCCCUGUGCCAUGAGCCUGUCUCAGUGGGACUUUUCUUAAAGAUUUCCUAUUUUAACUGUGAUGUAGUGAAUAACAGGGAAAGUGUGGUAUGGUAGAUUUCUUGUAUAUGUUUAGAAGGAAGGGUUUACAUAUUCAACUCCACUCCUUGUCCUUACUACUAACUACUUUAUAAAUGUGAUAUGUUUAUAGCGUAGAUAACAUAUAUUGCCACUGCAAAGGUGGUACAUAUGUAUAUAUGUGUAAAAUGGGUAAGGCCUGUUCCAUCUAUGAAAUUUUUCUGAAGAUAAAUUCAGUAAGAUUUAAUAUUGAACACCUAACCAAGUCAAUAGCUUUUUCUGCUUUGGGGGAAACUAGUUUCAAGAUCUAAGGUAUCAGGUUUGUAGAGUCUAUAAAGGACUCAUCAUCCUAAAGCAGCUUGCAGCUUGACCUUCUUUUUUUAUACUGCUAGUUACCUUAGCUGUUUCUCGGCACUCUGUUUAAAAUUUGGAUCUCCCAUCCCUAUCCUACCUAUCCCUGUCACCCUUACCUGUCACUCUAGACUCUAUUUUUCCCCUUUCCACCUGUCACCAUCUGACAUGUUUUAUUUUUUAUUUGUUAUCUGUCUCCCGACCCUAGUAUAUAAGCUUCAUGAAGACAAAUUAUUUCUCUUUUUUUCACUGCUGUAUCUCCAAUACCUAGAACAGUCUCUGGUACAUAAUAAGCACCCAAAUAUUUGUUGAAUGAAUAGACAAGAAAAUAAAUAAAAGUAAUACCCACA